GAGGAGGAGUCUGAAGGGAGACGGUUGGCAACAGCUGGACUGUGACUGGUCAGGAGAUGGAGGAUGGAAGUGGCGAUUCAGGAAGUGAGAGAGGAAUGUUUGAGUUUGGUGGCGCCAAUGCUCAACAGAGCGAGGCGUGGAAAUUUUAUCGACAGAAAAAGAGGAAAAAACCAGAUACUGUGCACUCUAGAUCUGAUUCAGAAAGAAGUCUUGUUACGGCAGCACGGUGGUGUAGUGGUUAGCGCUGUCACCUCACAGCAAGAAGGUCCGGGUUCGAGCCCCGUGGCCAGCGAGGGCUUUUCUGUGCGGAGUUUGCAUGUUCUCCUCACAUCCACGUGGGUUUCCUCCGGUUUCCCCCACAGUCCAAAGACAUGCAGAAUGAUGGAGGGAAAGAGAUCAGACUCACCAGAACCCAGCUGUGUGUCCAUGAAGAGUGACUGGUCAAUGGAACACCCAUAUAACUUCAGAGACAGACCUGCUGAUCUGAGAAUGAUGAAGAGAAAGAGAUCAGACUCACCAGAACCCAGUUGUGUGUCCAUGAAGAGUGACUGGUCAAUGGAACACCCAGUUCGCUUCAGAGACAGAGACAGUCCUGCUGAUCUGAGACCACAAAAGAAGAAAUCAAACAUCAGCAGAAAUCAUCUGGAGUCCAUAUUCAAGGAGCUGGAACACAAAGUCAUCAGUGUGAUCCAGAAGGAGCUGAAGAGGUUUAAGAAGCUCCUGAGUCCAGAUUUCCCAGCAUGCUCUGAGAGGGAGGUGGAGGAUGAGGAGGAUCAGAGCAGUGUCAGAGAGGGAGUGCUGAAGAUCACACUGCACUUCCUGAAGAACAUGAACCACACAGAUCUCGCUCACACACUGCACUACAAACACGUCUCUGUGUAUCGGCAAAAGCUGAAAUCCAACCUGAGAGAGAAGUUUAAAAGAGUUAAGGAAGGAAUCUCACAGCAUGGAAGCUCAGCUCUUCUGAAUGAGAUCUACACAGAGCUGUACAUCACAGAGGGUUGGAGUGGAGACGUCAAUAAUGAACAUGAGGUGAGACAGAUUGAGACGGCGUCCAGGAGACCAGCAACACCGGAGACACCCAUCAAAUGUAAUGAUCUCUUUAAAGACACGUCCAUCAGAAGUGUGCUGACUAAAGGAGUUGCUGGAAUUGGAAAAACAGUCUCUGUGCAGAAGUUCAUUCUGGACUGGACUGAAGGAGAAGCGAAUCAGGAUGUCACCUUCAUGUUCCCACUUCCCUUUAGAGAGCUGAAUCUGAUGAAGGAGAGAAAUCUCAGUCUGAUGAAUCUUCUUCAUCACUUUUUCCCAGAAAUGAAAAAAUUACGCUUGAUAGACUGUGAUAUGAACAAAGUCCUGUUGAUCUUUGAUGGUCUGGAUGAGUGUCGACUUCCUCUAAAUUUCCAGAACAAUGAGAGAUUGUGUGAUGUGACACAGUCGGCCUCAGUGGAUGUGCUGCUGACAAACCUCAUCAAGGGGAAUCUGCUUCCCUCUGCUCUCCUCUGGAUAACCUCUCGACCAGGAGCAGCCAAUCAGAUCCCUCCUGAGUGUGUAGACCAGGUAACAGAGGUACGAGGGUUCAGUGAUCCUCAGAAAGAGGAGUACUUCAGGAAGAGGAUCAGUGAUCAGAGCCUGGCCAAUGAAAUCAUCACACACUUGAAGUCUUCAAGAAGCCUCUACAUCAUGUGCCACAUCCCAGUCUUCUGCUGGAUCUCAGCCACUGUUCUCGAGAGAAUGUUGGGUGAAGCAGAGAGUGGAGAGAUCCCCAAGACUCUGACUCAAAUGUUCACACACUUCCUGAUCUUUCAGAUCAAACACAAGGACCAAAAGUACCAUCAGAAAUGUGAGCCUGAUCCUCAGCAGACCAGAGCGAGUAUCCUGGCACUGGGAAAACUGGCUUUCCAACAGCUGGAGAAAGGAAACCUGAUCUUCUAUGAGGACGACCUGAGAGAGUGUGGCAUUGAUGUGAGAGAAGUGUCCGUGUACUCAGGAGUGUGUACCCAAAUCUUCAGAGAGGAGUUUGGGCUUCACCUGGGGAAGGUGUUCAGCUUUGUACAUCUGAGUGUUCAGGAGUUUCUGGCUGCUUUAUACACGUUUAUCUUCUUCAUCAGCAGAAAAUUAACAGAACAACAAACCACUGAUCUGUCUGAUCUUUUCACCAAAUCAAACAUGUCUGAUUUCCUCAGGAGUGCAGUGAACAAGGCCUUACAGAGUGAGAAUGGACACCUGGAUCUGUUUCUCCGCUUCCUUCUGGGUCUCUCACUGGAGUCCAGUCAGACUCUCUUACGAGACCUACUGCCCCAGACAGGAAGUAGAUCUUGCAGCAAACAGGAAACAGUCGAGUACAUCAAGGAGAAGAUCAGGGAGAAUCCAUCUCCAGAGAAAUCCAUCAAUCUGUUCCACUGUCUGAAUGAACUGAAUGAUCAUUCUCUAGUGCAGGAAGUACAACGUUACCUGAACAGAGAUGAUUUCAGUCGUCUCAGUGGAGUCAGACUCUCUCCUGCUCAGUGGUCAGCUCUGGUGUUUGUGUUACUGAACUCAGAACAGGAGCUGGAUGAGUUUAAUUUGAGGAAAUAUUACCCAUCAGAGAAAUGUCUUCUGAAGCUGCUGCCAGUGGUCAAAGCCUCCAGAAAAGCUGAUCUGUGUGAGUGUAAUCUGACAGAGGAAAGCUGUAGAGUUCUGUCCUCAGUUCUCAGCUCAAACUCCUCCAGACUGAGAGAACUGAACCUGAGUACCAAUAACCUGCAGGAUUCAGGAGUGAAGCUGCUCUCUGCUGGACUGGAGAAUCCACACUGUACACUGGAGACACUGAGGUUGUCUGACUGCAGGAUUACAGGUGAAGGUUGUGCUGCUCUGGUUUCAGCUCUGAGGUCAAAUCCCUCAUCACACCUGAGAGAACUGAAUCUGAACUGCAAUAAUCCAGGAGAAUCAGGAGUGAAGCUGCUCUCUGAUCUACUGAAGGAUCCACACUGUACACUGGAGACACUACAUCUGUGUGUGUGUAAUCUGACAGAGGAAAGCUGUAGAGUUCUGUCCUCAGUUCUCAGCUCAAACUCCUCCAGACUGAGAGAACUGAACCUGAGUCACAAUAACCUGCAGGAUUCAGGAGUGAAGCUGCUCUCUGCUGGACUGGAGAAUCCACACUGUACACUGGAGACACUGAGGUUGUCUGACUGCAGUAUUACAGGUGAAGGUUGUGCUGCUCUGGUUUCAGCUCUGAGGUCAAAUCCCUCAUCACACCUGAGAGAACUGGAUCUGUACUGGAAUAAUCCAGAAGAAUCAGGAGUGAAGCUGCUCUCUGAUCUACUGAAGGAUCCACACUGUACACUGGAGAAACUAGAAUUGUAGUUUUCAUCCUGAUCUGAUCUGAGUCUCACACACAGAGGAUGAUGAGGAUAAACCCUUACAGUACAAAGUGAUUUGAAGAUCAUCAUCAUUUAGUGAUAAUCAGAUGUGUACAACAUGUCAGCACUUCCACUUCUCUAGUUGUUUGGAAAAAUACACCAGCUGAGAUAAAUAAACUUUAAUGAACUCAACACUCAAAUAUUUUCUUAUUAAUAUCUUUUACAGCAAAACAGAAACUGUUAAUGCACAUCGAACAUCAUUUAAUAGUUUUGUAUGUACAGUAUGCUUCUGUUUUUCCAUUUACAUGCAGCAGAAGGUCACAUUUAUGUUUAAAACACAUCAUAAAUAUCUUAGGCUACGUUCACACUGCAGGCUGAAGUGACUCAAAUCCGAUCUUUUCGCCCAUAUGUGACCUGUAUCCGAUCUUUUAUUGACAAUAUGAACGACACAGAUCCAAUUUUUUCAAAUCCGACCCAGGCCGUUUGGAUAUGUGGUGCUAAUUCCGAUUCCUAUCCGCUCUUUUCAUAUGCGACUUCAGUCUGAACCGCCAGGUCGCAUUCAUCCGACUUACACGUCAUCAACAAGCCACAAACGUCACUAUUCUGCGCUGAAGUAGGCGGCGGGUCUCUCAAAAAAGUUACAACAACAUGGCGCAUAAUCACAGGCGCAGAUAGAGGGUGGGACGAGUCAUAUUUAAAUUCACCUCGUUCGGUCCCCCCCACUUAUAGGGAGGAAAAAUACGUCUAUGCUGUCUUUCUUUGCAUAAGGCAAACCUCACGGAAAAAUCAAAAGACUAAUUACCAUUCGGUUUAUUGAGGUGCAUGGCAGUGUAUACAUAUAGUUGCAACAACUCACAUAAAACAAAACAAAGACUGAUAUUCGGUUGGUUGAGCUGCGCAGACUGCACAGGUUGCGAGCUCGAGCUUGGUUGCUAUGGUUACUAACAACAAGUCUGACAGGCAUAUCGGGGUUGGGGUUGGUUUGCUGGCAGCUUUGUCCCCCCCCCCAGUUUUUUGUCCCCCCCAGUUCAAAAAACGUAUCUGCGCCCCUGCGCAUGACAUCAAUGCGAGGGACGCUUCGGGCUGUGAAGGUUCUGAAUCUUCUCAAUGGAAGGACGCAGAGGUUAGGGAGCUGAUUUCCAUUUGGGGGGAUGCAGCUAUUCAAGCUAGAUUGGAUGAGUCAUACCGCAACCGGGCGGUUUUACUUCCGUAAACACUGGCCAUGCUCACUGCGUGUGACGUCGUCGUAUCCUGCAGUGCGCAUGCGGAACACUUUUAGGUCGCUUUUCGUUCAUACUGAGGAUCACAUACAAGUCGCAUAUAUUUGUUAAUGUGAACGACCUCACAAAAAAAUCGGAUUUCACAAAAAAAUCGGAAUUGAGCAUUAAGCCUUGCAGUGUGAACGUAGCGUUAUAGUAUCAGUUCACUACAGUCAUUUGGUCAUUGCACAAAGUUAC